CACAUUCCAUAUCAAACACAAACUUUACUUUAAUACCCAUAAUGGCUCCACCAACUUUUAGCACCUCAGAUUCACUUUAUGAAUUUGUUGUCAAAGAGGGAAAUGGUGUUAAAGGCCUAGUAGACUCGGGUUUAUCAGAGGUUCCAGAAAGGUACGUACAACCCGAGGAAGAAAGAAUCAAUAAAUUAAGAACAAGAAGACAUAAUAAUCCCCCAAUUGACCUAUCAAAACUGAAGGGUCCAGAUCACAAGAAGGUGGUGGAUGAAAUAGUUAGAGCAGCUGAGACAAUUGGAUUCUUCCAGGUGGUGAAUCAUGGUGUUCCUUUGGAGUUGUUGGAAUCACUCAAAGAUUCAUCACACAGGUUCUUCAACUUGUCACCUAAGGAGAAAUCUCUAUUUUGCCCUGGGGUGAGUCCAAGUACAAAAGUGAAGUAUGCCACUAGCUUUGCACCUGAGAAAGAAACAACGUUAGAAUGGAGAGACUAUAUUAGUAUGGGGUAUACCACCGAUCAAGAUGCUCUACAAUAUUGGCCUAAUCAAUGCAAGGAAGAUGCACUUGAUUAUUUGAAAUCCGCAAGCAAGUUGGUAAGGGACAUAUUAGAAGUGUUGAUAGAGAGCUUAGAAGUGAAAGUACAAGAGUCAAUAGUUGAUAUUCACAGUGGUAUGAAGCUAGUCAACAUGAAUUAUUACCCAUCAUGCCCAAAUCCAGAUCUCACUGUUGGUGUAGGGCGCCACUCAGACAUUGGAGCCAUCACAGUGCUUCUUCAAGAUGACAUUGGUGGUUUAUAUGUCAAACUUGAUGAAGAUAAUAAUCAUAGAGAGUGGCUUGAAAUUCCACCAAUUCCUGGUGCUCUCGUCAUCAACAUUGGUGAUACUAUUGAGAUACUAAGCAAUGGAAAGUAUAAGAGUGCUGAACAUGCAGUAAGGACAAGCACUAAAUCGAGGGUAUCAGUUGCACUGUUUAAUUUUCCAAACCCUACAUUGAAAAUUGGACCAUUGGAAGAGCUUGUGAAGAAAGAUGGGGUGGCUCGUUAUAGAAGAGUUUUGUUCCAAGAUUAUAUGAACAACUUCUUUGCCAACACUCAUCAUGGAAAAGAGUCAUCACUUGAUUUUGCAAAAUCAACCUAAUAAUUUGAUGGGUUCCAUUUGAUCAUCCACUUUGUAACUAUAAUUUAUUUAAACUCUAUUUUCCAAAAUGCAUAUUUAAUCUCUAAAGUGAUAUGUGAGAUGUGAAAUAUAUUCAUAACACAUGGUUUGUGCCAAUGAAACUUGGUUUCAUGUCAUAGCGCCGUAGUAUAGGUUGCCACAUAUCACUUGUCAUAAAUAUAUUACCGGAUUGGUCAUAAUAAUACUGUGAAAAUAUUUGUGAAGAAA